UACUGGUACUGCUCUCACUCUCACAUGGGCACAUGGGCCCAACGGAGGCCCAUCUUAUAUAUAAGGGUGUAUGCUCCUCGUGGGGUCGAUAGAAUCCCCAAACACUGACUUCAUGCCUCGCUUUCUCUCUCUCUUUCUCAUCUAUUAGACUAUUACCCUCUCUUGGCAGAAACCCUAGAGUUCUGUCCUUUUUUGAUUCAAACCCUAAAAACCCCCUCUUUUCAGAUCAUUAGUCUUUUAUCUGUAUAGGUCUAAUCAUGGGUUCGGAAAUGAAUCUCCAUAAAUUCUCUUCAUCGGAGCACUCUAAUCCAAACUCCCUCACCACCGCCGCCGCUUCCGCAACAGCCGGCGGCGAUUCUACCAAAGCUGAACUGGCCCCCCCUCCUCGGAAAACCGCCUCUUCUUCAUCGAGGGAUCGCCAUACAAAGGUGAACGGCCGAGGCCGCCGAGUCCGCAUGCCGGCGCUCUGCGCCGCCCGAAUCUUCCAACUCACCCGUGAACUCGGGCACCGCUCCGACGGCGAGACCAUCGAGUGGCUGCUCCGACAAGCGGAGCCCUCCAUCAUAGCCGCUACCGGUACUGGGACGGUCCCUGCGACAUCCGUCUCAUCCUCCGGCACCGCUAAUCCCUCUUCGUCUACGGCCACCACCGCCUGUAAGGUGCAACCGCUUACGUCAGUUCCCAGCGGACAUGUGCCGACAGGGAUGUUCACUAUGGCGCCGCCGAGUUGUCGACUGGACCUGUGCCAGCCGGUGACGUUGGAGUUUCCCGGUAACGGGUACCGGCACAUGCCGUUCACAUCGUUGUUGUUGCAGUCUGGGACGGAAGAGGCGGAGGAGAGACAUCAAGAAGAGGUUCUUCGACAGCAAUAAAAACACACAUAUCUGUAUUUCUUCUUUCUUUUUCUCCUUCCCUAGGUUACUCUUAGCGCGUAGAGGCAGUUUAGGGUUUAGUGGGUGUUUAUUGUGCUAUAUAAUUAUGGCUCCUUCACAUCUGUUUUUUGUUAGUUUCAUAUGAAUGAGACUUUUUUUGAGGGAAUGAGGAAAGUCUAAAAAAUAUUUGGGAUCAUGAUUUCCCUUUUUGGUGCUAAAUGAUGAGUUGGAAAAGUUUCGGCUUCUGCAGCAAGUCCAUCGUAUUCCACCGAAACAAGAACUACACCCACUGUUUCCUUCUCCUUCUCCUUCUCUUUUUUCCAAAAGGCAGACCCAUUAAUUGAAGCCAUGUUGAGAAAGCAAUCUGAGUUGAAAAUCUCAAUCAACCAUGGGUAAAGUGUCAGAUUUAUCUUGUUUUUGGGAUGGAUGGGGUUGUGAAUAGUUGGCAGCGGGUGCUUGGAAAGGUUGCGUGAAUGGCAUGUAUACCUUUUUGUAAGCUUAUGGAUAUGGAUGCUGUCUUUAUUUAUUUUUUAUUUUUAUUUUUUAAAGUUAUGAUCUCAGAUGACUUUUUCAUGGUCAUGGGUAUCUUAAUUCUUAUUAUUAAGGUGUGAUGUUUGAA